GUUUUUUUGUUCGAUAUUACUAGAAUCGUUACUAACAUUUUGUGUGUGAAUCAGAAGAAUCAAUAGUACUAUGGAUGCUUCUGAUUGGUUAUCGCGACAAUAUUGUAAAUGCGAUUUUAUGACUAAUGUAAAAUGAUCUUUAUUGAUCAGUUCUAUGUUAACAGUUACUUUCAUGAUUUAUCUAUGAAAAAACACAACGACCAGUAGCCCAAUAGCACAAAAAAUCGCAAUUAUUGUAUCUAUACAACUUAAGAGAUAUAAGAAGAACGAACAUCGCAUAGAUCGCAGUAAUCUUGGAUUUUUACCGUCACAUUGAACAAGCUGCGUUUUAAAAGUAAAAACGCUUCAUUUUAUGCGGCAGAUAAAUGAUGAGGUCCUUGGCAUUACUUUGCUUGAUUGUUACUUCUGCCAUUGCUGCACCACCAACGUUGAAUGAGGAUUCCUUAGCGCCUGCAUGUCGAAGUCCAAAGUGUCCGGCCACGAUAGCAAAGGGCGACCCGCCGGUCAAUUUGCCUUUCCCUUUGGAUUGCUUGCAGUACGUCGUCUGUGAUGAGUCCGGUCGUCGUAUAGUUGCAUGUCCGCCAGAUUUAGUCUUCAACAAGAAUACCGGCGUGUGUGAUACUCCAGAAAAGGCAAUGUGCGAAACUUGUUGGGGGGGUGGUGCUCAUCAAAGGCCGUUAUACAUUCCCAAUAAACACUAACUAUAAAUAUGAUAUAAAUAUGGUAUAAUACAUAUAUAUAUUAGUGGUUUAGAAUUGGUAUAGAUAUAAGAAAUAUACGAUUUUCAUGUAGUAGAACAGUUACAUUUAAAAAUUAUAACAAAUAAACGUUUUUUAAAUAUUCUUAAUAAAGAAUUGGUAUAAAUAUAAUAUAACAUAUAUCGUAUAAACAUAGAUCGGCAUAAGAAAUGUAUGAAAACUCAUAAGUAUGGUGUAAGAAAGAUAUUAAAUAAAUGUAUAUAUAAUUAGUGAACAUGCUUUAUAAUAUACAUAUUAUAUAGUGUAAAAAAUGUAAUUAUAAAUACGUAUUAUAUACAUAUUUCAAAUGGGAUGAGUCGCAUAUAUGUUCACGUUCUAUAUAUGUUUAUCGAAAAUAUUUUUCACACGAUAUGUAUAGUUCUAUUGGAUUCUGAAAUUUUUAUACGUUUUUUAUAUCAAUCCAUGUUUAUUGGGUUGUAAAAGAUAUCUUAGUCGUUUCGAAAAUAUUUUAAGAUAUUCUAAG